GCGGCACUGCCGCGUCAGCUGUCCGGCCUCCGACGCCACGCCGACAGAUGUGCAAGAUGUCCCAGCGGUCUACUACGUUUUACUUUUGUUUGAUUUUGUCUCUGCAAACGUUCAGUCUCUUCAUCGUAUUAAUUCGUGCAAACGAAUCAAAACACGAUGUUAAAAUUGAGGUUACGUUUCUGCCUGAAAACUGCAGUCAGAAAUCCAAGAGAGGAGACAUGUUGAAUGCGCAUUAUGAUGGAUAUCUAGCUAAAGACGGAUCUCAGUUCUAUUGCAGUCGUUCGACAAGCACGGGUCACCCACACUGGUUUGUGUUAGGCGUUGGAGAAGUUAUUAAGGGUCUCGAUAUAGGCCUGAACGACAUGUGCCCCGGUGAGAAGAGAAAAGUUACAAUUCCUCCUUCCUUGGCGUAUGGCGAGAAAGGAAAAGGUCCUGUACCGCCAAAUGCAACAGUGGUCUUUGAGGUGGAGCUUUUGUUCAUAACCAGAGGACCACGCAGCAUAGAAGCCUUCAAAGAAAUUGAUGUUGAUGACGACAAGGCCCUGACAAAAGAAGAGAUUAAAGAAUACUUGAAAAUGGAAGCCAAGAAGUUAAAUUCACAGAAAGAUGAAACCUAUUUUGAUGAUGUUGUGGCAGAUGUGUUCCAAAAGAAUGAUCACAAUGCUGAUGGGACCUUAUCACUCAAGGAGUACAAUGUUUAUGGGCAUGACGAACUGUAAACACUACUAGACAACUCAUGCAGCUCAUGCACUGGACAUUCUCUACAAGAUACUUUCCACAUUGUGAUCAAGAAUAUUGCUUUGAUAAACACCACUAAAUUUUGAAUAAAGUUGACUCAAAUACUAACUUGUACUGAUUGUAUCAUGCAAAAAACCUAAAUAGAUAAGAUGCUUUUUAAAAACCUUUUAGAACUUUUCUCAAAAUGCUUGCAUGUCAAGUCACCUUUAUUUAUAUAGCGCUUUAUACAAUACAGAUUGUUUCAAAGCAGCUUUACAGUGAUAACAGGAAAAUGAUUCAAUGAUGCAAACAGAGUUCAUUUCAGGUGUACAGCAGUUCUAAAAGAAAAUAGUGUCAUUGUUCAGCUGAAGUCAGUUCAGUGAUGAUUCAGUUCUGUUGUAAAGAUCAUUGAUUAUUAAAUUAGUUUAUUUCAUCUAUAAAGCAGUUCUGCAGAAAAACAGUGAUGUCGUCAUCCAGCUCAGUUCAGUUCUCAUCCAGUAGUUUCAAUUCAGUUAAAUCAAUAUUGUUGAAUAAAGCUUGCAUCUUGCAUCUGCUCCAAUUUAUCAAA